AUGGUGCCCUUGCGGGCUCUGUGGCUGGCCUGGGCUCUGCUAGGAGUGGCCGGAGCGUGCCCAGAGCCGUGCGCCUGCGUGGACAAGUACGCGCACCAGUUCGCCGACUGCGCGUACAAGGAGUUGCGCGAGGUGCCGGAAGGACUGCCGGCCAACGUGACCACGCUUAGUCUGUCGGCCAACAAGAUCACCGUGCUGCGACGUGGGGCCUUCGCCGACGUCACGCAGGUCACGUCGCUGUGGCUGGCGCACAAUGAGGUGCGCACCGUGGAGCCGGGCGCCCUAGCGGUGCUGAGCCAGCUCAAGAACCUCGAUCUGAGCCACAACCUCAUAUCCAGCUUUCCGUGGAGCGACCUUCGUAACCUGAGCGCGCUGCAGCUGCUCAAAAUGAACCACAAUCGUUUGGGCUCGCUGCCCCGGGACGCUCUCGGUGCGCUGCCCGACCUGCGCUCUCUGCGCAUCAACAACAACCGCCUGCGCACGCUGGCUCCUGGCACCUUCGACGCGUUAAGCGCGCUGUCCCAUCUGCAACUCUAUCACAACCCUUUCCACUGCGGUUGCAGCCUUGUGUGGCUGCAGGCCUGGGCCGCAAGCACCAGGGUCUCCUUACCGGAGCCCGACUCCAUCGCGUGCGCCUCGCCGCCCGCGCUGCAGGGGGUGCCGGUGCACCGCCUGCCCGCCCUGUCCUGUGUACCGCCCAGCGUGCGUCUGAGUGCUGAGCCGCCGCCUGAGGCUCCGGGCAGCCCCUGGCCCGCCGGCCUGGCGCUGAGACUACACUGCGUCGCCGAAGGACACCCCACACCCCGCCUGCAGUGGCGACUUCAGAUCCCGGGCGGCACCAUAGUCUUAGAGCCUCCCGUCCUGAGCGGGGAGGACAACGGGGAUGGGGCGGAAGCCGGGGAGGAGGAAGGAGAUGGGGACGGGCCCACGCAGACGGAGGCCCCAACCCCGACUCCAGCACCCGCUUGGCCCGCGCCCCCUGCCAACCCACGCUUCCUGGCCCUCACAAACGGUUCCCUGUUGGUGCCCCUCCUGAGUGCCAAGGAAGCAGGCGUCUACACCUGCCGUGCCCACAAUGAGCUGGGCGCCAACUCCACGUCACUGCGCGUGGCAGUGGCGGCCGCUGGGCCCCCAAAGCACGCUCCUGGCGCUGGCGGAGACUCUGAAGGGCAGGCGCCCACUUCUGAGCGCAAGUCCACAGCCAAAGGCCGGGGCAACAGCGUUCUACCCUCCAAGCCCGAGGGCAAAAUCAAAGGCCAAGGCCUGGCCCGGGUGAGCGCCCUCGGGGAGACGGAGGCGGGGCCGGAGGAGGAGGAGGCAGGUGAGGGAGAGGAAGCAGAAGACCAGGUCUCUGCGGAUCCGGUGGAGGAGCAACGCUGUGGCCACGGGGACCCCUCGCGGUACGUGUCCAACCACGCCUUCAACCAGAGCGCCGAGCUCAAGCAGCACGUCUUUGAGCUGGGUGUCAUCGCGCUGGACGUGGCGGAGCGCGAGGCUCGGGUGCAGCUGACGCCGCUGGCGGCGCGCUGGGGAUCCGGGCCCGGCGGGGCGGUGGGGGCCGGGCGGCCCGGGCGGCGGCCGCUGCGCCUGCUCUAUCUGUGCCCUGCGGGGGGUGGCGCGGCAGUGCAGUGGUCGCGCGUGGAGGAGGGCGUCAACGCCUAUUGGUUCCGCGGCCUGCGGCCCGGCACUAACUACUCAGUGUGUCUGGCGCUGGCGGGCGAGGCCUGCCACGUGCAAGUGGUGUUUGCCACCAAGAAGGAAUUGCCCUCGCUGCUGGUUAUCGUGGCGGUGAGCGUGUUCCUCCUGGUGCUGGCCACCGUGCCCCUGCUGGGCGCCGCCUGCUGCCAUCUUUUGGCCAAACACCCGGGUAAGCCUUAUCGUCUUAUACUGCGGCCACAGGCCCCCGACCCCAUGGAGAAACGCAUCGCCGCCGACUUCGACCCGCGUGCCUCCUACCUCGAGUCCGAGAAAAGCUACCCGGCAGGCGGCGAGGCAGACGUCGUGGAGCCAGAGGAGGCUCCCGGGGAGGGCCUCGACGAAGACGCGGAGCAGGGGGACCCAGGUGGGGACCUGCAGAGGGAGGAGAGUCUGGCGGCCUGCUCGCUGGCGGAGUCCCAGUCCAAGGCCAACCAAGAGGAGUUCGAGGCGGGCUCUGAGUACAGUGAUCGGCUGCCCCUGGGCGCCGAGGCGGUCAACAUCGCCCAGGAAAUUAAUGGCAAUUACAGGCAGACGGCAGGCUGAACCCCCCGCCCGACUGGCCCGCCCAUUCCCAUCCCCCACCUUGGGUGCCUGGGAGCAGAAGCCUAGGGCUGGCAGGACAUACGCCCACCACCCCACCCGCAACCUUCACUUACUCCGCCCCUUUACCAGCCCCAACCUUCACUACUGGGGACUUCCAGAGGGGAGUGGGACGACUGCACCAGUCCCCGGCCACCCACUGUCGUCAUUGUUUUUGUGGGCUCAAUUCCCCUCCACGGCAAGCACAGUUACUCGCUCUUCUCUCUCCCUAUAAUACACCACCCGCUGACCGUGAAGCGAAAUCCACGCCUCUC